AAGUGCAGACACUACUGUUAACAAAUAACCGAGGAGCAAAAAUGAAGGACAAAUGCAGAGUUUGUUUGCGAAAGUACCGAAACAUGGUAAAUAUAUUUAGUGAAACACAGGACCUCGGGAUUUCCAUAGCGGAUAUGAUUUGGGAAUCCACAGGGUUUCCCGUUGAAAAGGGCGACGCACUUUCCGAAUCCAUUUGUCCACCUUGCCUACAGGAUGCGCAAAACGCAUUCAGGAUAAAGGAAACCUAUGAAAGCAGCCAACACUUCAUCUGCCAAGUCAAGGAGGAAAUCAUUGAAGAGGAUUUUCAGGAGGAACAAGCUCAGCACUGCGAUACGGAGGGAUCUAAUUGUGACGAUGAUCAGUUCGUUUGCCACGUGAAGAACGAGCCAUUGGAAGAAGAUUUCCCGGUGGAGGACGUCUCAAAGACACCAGACACCGAAAUAGAGCAAUACAAUUGCCAAGUGAAAAAUGAGAAAAGCGAAGAUAUUGAUGAAGAUGGUCCACUCAAAGAUGCACUUCCGUUCAAAUGUACUCUGUGUCCCAAGAGAUUUCGGAGCAAAUAUUUCCUUAAUCUCCACACACCUGAUCACACUAAGGAAGAAAAGUACAAAUGUGCCCACUGCUCCAAGUGUUUUCGUACUUUAGCGCAACACCGGAGCCACAUGCAGACCCACACUGGAGAACGAUCGUACCAAUGUCUGCAGUGUUCCAAAUCUUUUCUCAACAGUUCCAACCUUCAAUCGCACGUUCGAAUUCACACUGGGGAACGACCUUUUAAGUGCCUCAAAUGUCCAAAGACUUUUAUACAAAAAACCCAUCUUGUCAAUCACGAUCGAACUCACACCGGGGAACGACCCUACAAGUGCUCCCAGUGUGACAAGUCCUUUAUACAACCUGCCAAUCUUCAGAUGCACAUCCAGACUCACUGUAAGAAGGGGUCAAAAGUCCGGAAAAAUAGUAGAGUUUUCGUCCAAGUCCGCACAGAGGAGAAGGAGCCACUUUUCAAGUGCACCCACUGCUCUGCGUCCUUUGACAACCAAGAUGCUCUCCUAGACCACAUCCACACCCAUAACGCCUUGUUUGAGGAAGAAGUCUGCAAGCUGUCAGACACUGAAAUCGAUCCAUUUAGCCAUAUUGAAGUGGAUAUAUUUGAAGACAAUGUUAUAGAUGAAAAUGGCAGCGAGGAUCACAACGAUGAUUUUACUUUGUUUGAAUGUCCUCAAUGUCCAAAGGUUUGCAAGCGCAAACGUGACCUUGAAGCCCACUUGAAAAAUCACUUUGAGCAACUGCAAAAGUGUCCCCACUGCCCGAAGUCUUUUAGCAUUAUAUCAAACUAUAAAAGACACCUUCGGGUUCACACGAUUGAAAAAUCGUUCUUCUGCUCUUAUUGUCCAAAGAAUUUUCGAAAUCAAGCGCAACUUAGGGAACACACGCGAACUCACACUGGAGAACGUCCCUAUGAAUGUUUGAUAUGCCACAAGUAUUUUACCCAUAACUCCGUUCUAAAAAAACACAUGCGUUCACACACUGGCGAAAGACCCUACAAGUGCAGCCUAUGCCCCAAAACUUAUGCGCAAUUGGAUCCCCUCAAGGACCACAUUCGAAGGCACAAUAAUGAAACUAUCGAUCCUAAAAAGGAGGCCCGUAAGUGUAGCCAGUGCUCGAAGACAUUAAAAAACGCAAGAACACUCAGGAAGCACAAUCUGAUACAUAAAAGGCAAAAAAAAUACGCAUGUUCAGAUUGCUCAGAGAGCUUCAAUGGAAUAGAAUCUUUAAGAAGUCACAUAUUACUUGUUCAUACAAUUGAAAAACCCUUAUACUCUUCCGAACAAACUUUUAAGUGUGAGCACUGCCCAAGAUCGUUCGCAAAUGAUAAAAUUCUCAAAACUCACACACUUUCCCACUCGGACAGACCACGUCUAAAAUGUACUUACUGUGACGACACUUUUGCAAACAGCCAAACUCUUCGCCUCCACAAACGCAUUCACACGGGAGAAACGCCGUAUAGAUGUCCCCAUUGCCCACAAUCUUUCACGAGAGGCGACUAUCGUGUCAAGCACAUCCAAAGUCACCACCGAAAAACAGCAUCUGGGAAACUCAAACGCAAUAUUACAACUAAGGAAAAGAAUCUCAUUCCGCUUGAAGAACUUUAAUAUUCAGCUGGUUUUGGAGUUAAUUUUUAGCGUAAUUAAUUUAAUUUUUGUAAAUAAAUAUGUUACCAUGUUUUAA